AUGCGCAUGCGUGUGGAGAUGGAUGCUUUCUAUGAUAAUUGCCAUGGUGAUGGACCAUCAGACUCCUAUACUAGAGUUUCAUUUGGCUGUAUUAACUCUGUGAUGGAUGGUGCUGACUACAAUAAGCACAUACCUUACUUCUCACUAGAUGUUGUUUGUAAAGAUUUUCAGCCUUAUUGUGGUGACCUGGUAGAAAUUGAGUUUUCUGUCCAGCCAGACACUUGGAGCAGAAAAGCCCUCUCAGUGAAGCCUCUGAGACAUAAGGAUAUGCACGAGGUCUGCAUUACUAGCCUACGUGGAAGAAAUGGGGUGAUAGAUCACACUGUCUUUUUCACCUUUAAUUCUCUGGCACUUCCUGAUGGAUACGUGCCUCAAAAAUAUGAUGUCGUCAAUGCAGUCGUGGUGGAAAGCAUUCAGAUGGGCUACAGAAGGAGAGCAGAUUCUAUGACCCCAGUGCAAAGGUCAUAG